UGGGGCGAUGUCCAUUUCCGUUUUGUCAUGCGCGUUAUCCGUUUCCUGUGUCUGGAACGGCGAGAUAGAAAGAAAAACCUUAAUAAUUUUUAGUUUGAUUAGUUUAAUGAUGAGUUCUUCAGAGGAGGUAUCGUGGAUUUCCUGGUUCUGUGGUCUCCGAGGAAAUGAAUUCUUCUGCGAAGUGGAUGAGGACUAUAUACAAGACAAGUUCAACUUGACAGGUCUUAAUGAGCAGGUUCCACAUUACAGACAAGCCUUGGAUAUGAUUUUAGACUUGGAACCAGAUGAUGAGUUGGAGGACAAUCCUAAUCAGAGUGACCUCAUAGAACAGGCGGCCGAGAUGUUGUAUGGCUUGAUACACGCGCGAUACAUUAUGACUAACCGAGGCAUAGCCCAGAUGAUUGAGAAGUGGCAGCAAGGUGAUUUUGGUUAUUGUCCACGAGUAUACUGUGAAAAUCAGCCAAUGCUACCAAUAGGUCUGUCGGAUGUUCCCGGCGAAGCGAUGGUCAAACUGUACUGUCCCAAGUGUCAAGACGUGUACACUCCCAAGUCAUCCCGACACCACCACACUGAUGGAGCCUACUUCGGAACAGGCUUUCCUCACAUGCUCUUUAUGGUGCAUCCAGAAUAUCGUCCAAAACGGCCAGCUAAUCAGUUUGUACCAAGACUGUAUGGCUUCAAAAUCCACCCCCUUGCUUACCAGUUACAGUAUCAGGCCGCAGCCAACUUCAAAAUGCCGAUGCGGGGAGCUAGUCACACAAAUAGUAAAAGAUGAAAGAAGCUGGUGAUAUUUACGAUCUGGGCUAUGUUAAUGAUUGCCUCUCACUUGUGAAUCGAUGUUUGUGUAAAAUGACUAGUUGCCAUGUGAUACAGAUGAAACUGCUGUGGUACAGUUUCAGGUGGGCAGGAUGAACUAUGAAAUACAAGAGGCAGUUGUUGCUUGUAGUAAUGGUGCCUGUGACUUAUUAGUUCUCCGUUUGGUACUAUAACCCGUGCACUAUUAGCUGUGUUUGUAUGUUUGUGUUCCCCUGUUUAAUAAUUUCAUUUUAUAUUUGAAUCAAUUUGAAGUUACAUCAUUAUGUAUUGAUUGAAAUUGAAGAGAAAAACAAAUCAAUAAUAACUGUUCUGUUAGUAAUACUGUACAGUUCCAAGGAUUGUAAUUGUUGCAUGGGAAAACUUCAGCUAAUAGUAAAACAUUAUAGAUAACAUGUAUCUACUUGUAAUGCCAGGAACAUAUUUUGUAUCAUAAUCUUUCAGACAUUUUCUUUUAAGUGAUUGCCAAGACUGGAAAUCAAAUGACUUUAUUUUUUUAAAAACCUACAGGUCACAUAUAACCUUAUUAUUAUUAUGAAUACAACUAUUGCUAGUGGACACCAGUUUUCAGACUGUCUAAAUAAAUAUCACUAAGUAGUUACUACGUGUUGGUAGCAUGUACCCAAAUGCGUACAUGUAAACGGUGUACAUCUUUGCACUUUUGGAUUCAUUCUGAUGAACUUACAGCUCCCUCCAGUCUUUACAAUUUUGUUAAUUACCACCACCCCCAACUAUUUGGUGUCCAUUCAGUCAUCAAGCUUUGCAGGCCAGUGCACCCCUCAUCUGAGGACCAUAAAAUGUACCAUUUUGUCCUGUAUUAAAAAAAAAAAAAAAAGACAAGAAAUUGUCCUGUAAAAAAUAUAUUUAAUUCUUCAAAUGCUAGGAAGUUGUGUCUGGGGACAUCCACAGACGGACAGACACUUGUGUCCCAUACAUAAUUCCUCCAGCUCCCUAUUUAACAUUGUUUGUUAAAAUUGAAUUUAGAUAUUAAGAAGUUCAAAUGCAGAUGACAUGCAGAAUAUUAGUUAUUGUAUACUAGUACUUCAGCUAUAAAAACACUGUUACAUUUAAAAGAAAUGGAUAUGCUACCGAGAUAUUGUCAGUCUUGGUAAAAAGCAUAUCCAUAUGGUUGAUAUAUUCUGCAUUUGUACUACCGGUAAUAAAAACGUAUUUAUGUGAA